AUGGACUGGGCGCAACGGUGGUUACUCACCUUCUUAGCGAGCGUCGUUGCCACCGUGUACUGGUUGUUCGCAGCGAGAGCCAGAUCUGCAGCGAAAUCGCGACGACAGUCCCAGGUAGCGCAGGACCAUCGUCCUGAUCAUUCGGUGCCAGAGAGGACAAAGGAUCAGACUCGGAAGCGUCUUACGAUAGUAUACCCUGAGCAGACGCGCGUCGCAGCCGAUGAUGCUGAGGUCGACAUCGUUGCCGUACAUGGCCUUGGUUCAGACGCGGACUGGUCUUGGAUAUGCAAGGACGGCAAAAAGCAUAUCAACUGGCUUCGGGACCCUGACAUGCUGCCGGCGCUGGUGCCCAAGGCCAGGAUCAUAGUAUAUCGCUACGAGUCGUCCUGGCACUUAGACGCACCGAAGACGCGCCUCCAGCUCUGCGGAGAGGAACUUGUCCACAGCCUACACUCAUUCCGCGCCAGUUACCCGAGCCGGCCGCUUGUCUUUGUCGGCCAUAGUCUUGGUGGAAAUGUUAUCGUGCAGGCCUUUCUGUCCGCCAACGACGACAGCAAAUACGAGUCACUAGUAAAGACGACCGUUGGUAUUGUGUUCCUGGGCACGCCUUUUCGAGGCUCGAAGUGGCAACCCCUCGCUGAUGCUCUCGCGCAGCUGGUGGGACCGGCAGGCUCCCACCGCGGCAUUACGAGGGAGCUAGGGUUCGACGAGCCGGCGCUCCGAGACAGAGUACAUCGGUUCUGCAAGCUGCGCAACAAGCUGUCGACGGCCGUCGCGUGUUUCACCGAGCUCCACGAAACGGACUAUGGGCGGCGGCUGGGGAUUGCCGGGGUGGCCAAACGAAUGGUCGUCGACGAGACAUCGGCUUGUAUCCCAGGCCUCGACAGGUAUGCACUCGACAAAGAUCACCUGAAGAUCAAUAAGUAUUACGGCCCAACCGACCCUGCUUUCGAAAGGGUGUCCGAUGUGAUCUCCGAGAUGUGCCACCGAGCGAACGACGUCGUUCGACGCCGGUUCGAGAGAAGGGAAAUCAUUACUGACAAUCAUGAGGCUGGAGCUUGUCUUCAUGAUCUAUUCGUCACCGACCCGCUCGAUGACAAGAAGGCUCUGAAACGCAAGAAAGGUGACCGCGCUGCUGGUACCUGCGAGUGGAUACUUGGCACGGACGAUUUGACUGCUUGGCUUGGGCCUAGUAGGAAUCAGAACUCUGAGAGUCACGCAACCCAAUUUCUGUGGCUCCACGGCAACCCGGGCACGGGGAAGUCGACGCUGGCGAUAUACCUCACCGACGAACUGUCAACGGACUUCACUGCCACGGACGGGAAGACGCUGGCAUUUUUUUUCUGCGACUCCGCUUUCGAUACACGGAGGACAGCCACGUCUGUCGUCAGAGGUCUUCUCCUCCAACUCAUCCAGCAGCACCCACCGCUUCUUAGCUACGUCCUGCCAAAGUACAAUGAGAGAAAGGCGAAGCUGUUCGAAUCCUUCGACGCCCUCUGGACGAUCUUUAUAUUAGCGGCGGCGGACCGCACAACCGGCCGAAAAUAUUGCAUUAUUGAUGCAUUGGACGAAUGCGAUGAUGAAUCGCAAAAGACGCUGCUCCGACAGUUGCGGGAGACCUUUCAUAGUCCCGAUGCCCCGCCAAAUGUCCAAUUUCUGGUCACCAGCCGGCCAUAUCCAGAGAUCCGCCAACACUUGGAAAUUUUCGCAAAUAAGGACUUGGCGUCCUUUCCCCAUGUGAAGCGAGACAUUGACCAAUGCAUCAAGGAACGAGUGGCGCAGCUUAAGUACACAGACAAAAUUAAAGGACGGGUUACUGAAAUACUUAAAGACAAAGCUGGAGGGACAUUUCUGUGGGUCGGCAUAGCCUGCAACGAGCUCGAAGAUACCCCCUCGAAGGACGCGAUCUCAUGCAUAGAGGCAAUGCCUAGUGGCCUUCAUUCUCUUUAUGAGAAGCUUUUUAGCGCAGCCCUUGAAAAGGAGAGGGAGAAAGGCACGAUUCGACUCGUCCUCGGUUUCGUUGCUGUUUCUCGGCGGCCUUUAAACCUAUUAGAGCUCGCUGAGGCCUGUCGAUUACGUCGAGACGAAGAUGACACAGAGACACGUACCCAGUUCAUGCGUGAGUACAUCGAGUCCUGUCGUCUGAUGGUCGUCAUUCAGGAUGAAACGGUCCUCUUACUACAUCAAUCUGUGAAAGAUUAUUUGAUCAAGGAUGUUGAAAAGGCUCAUUUUAGUGAAUUCCAAGCACAUGCCGACCUUGCCUAUCGCUGUAUUGAUCACCUCAUCGAGCAGUUUCAAGAUACGAAGCAAACACAUGCGCACUUCUCAGACUAUGCUACUUGUGAGUGGCCCAAUCACGCGCACAUGGCGCAGUCUAGAUUCAUCGUCAUGCCUUCGCAGGCGGAGUUCUUCAACGUUUUUUCUCCGUGUCGAGAGUCCUGGCUGGCAGCUUAUCGUUGUCUUGAUAUGCCUAUUUAUGACAAACCUCCACGUCGAUUCUCCAUUUUGCAUGUAGCUGCACGAUGGGGUAUUCCUGCUAUAGCGGAGCAUGUCUCUCACUUAUAUGAACAACAUGAUAAAGAAGAAGAGUUGAUCCAUCUUACCGAUGCCUCACAUGAAACACCACUUGAGUGUGCAGCUAGAAUGGGAUACCCGGCUGUUGUGCGUAUCCUAUUGGGCCUUGGAUCGGUGAUUACCGGGAAAGUGACACUGCUUGCGGCUAGAAAUAGGAAGAAUGGCAUGGAAGUGAUGGCGCUCUUUCUCGAGCAGCGAGGAGACGAGAUUGCAAUCACGGACGAGGUGGUUGUGGCUGCGGCGGAAAAUGGAAAGAAUGGCAGAGAAGUGAUGGCGCUCCUUUUUAAGCAACUAGGAGACGAGAUCAUAGUCACGGAGAAUGUGGUGAAGGCUGCGGCGGGAAAUGAAGAUAGUGGUAUGGAAGUAAUGGCGCUUCUGCUUUGA